AUGUGGUUCGCGUGUUUUGGCAAAAAACGAAAGCGAAAAUCGACUGAAAAUGGCGAUGCUGGAAUUUCGAUAAUCUAUGAGGUAAGUCGGGUUUUUGCGUUGUAAAUAAAGUUUCUGCAGUUGAAACAAAAUGAAAUUUUAGGUUAUGGCAAUGAUUAUAACGAGGUGCCUUUCGAAAUAAAAAAAAUUUAAAGUACGUUUUUAAAAAGCAAAUAUCGACCAAAAAGUGCGCAGUACUUUGAUAAUUUACAAGAUCACCCGGAUUUUUCCAUUGUAAAGAAAGCUUCCGCUGAAAAAAAUUUUAAAGUAUGACGGAUAUUUUAAUAAUCUAUCAGAUGACAUCAAAAUAUUUUUCCAAAGCCUAAUUUUUAAAUGGCAAAUUUGACCAAAAACCAAAAAAAAAUUAAAUAUUAAAAAUAUUGAGAUUUGGAGACAAUAUCGCUUGUAAAUAAAUAAAGUUUCUGCAAUAGUAAAGCAUCGACAUUUUACCAGCUUAAGCGUACGUUUAUUACCUAUCAAAUAACAUACAACACUUUUAGCCAACUCGCCAAAUCGACCGCGUAAUCGACCAAAACGCCGCUCUGCCCAUUCACAUUUCCAUACCUCCAGAUGGCAACAACAAUGUUCGCCCGCCACCUUUGGCCAACCAUGAGCAUUUUAACUCAACGUCAACUGAAGAUAGCGGUAUGAACAAUAGUUUUACUACCAAAAACACAGUAACUUUCGAAGAGAACAACCGAAAUACCAUAAUAAUCGACCAGAACUGCGAAAACUCGUCAAAAGUCGAGGAAGAAGUCCAGAAAAGCUGUCAUAACAACACGAAUACAAUUGAAAAUGAAGAUAUUUUACAUGGUAAAAUAUUCAGCAAACAUCAGACUUCACAUACAAGUCAUAUAACGAAAGAUACGACAGUAAAUCGACAAGAUACGAUGGAUUUUGACCGAGAUUCACUGGAAAUGGAUAAAAAUGAGAGAAAUAGUGCAGGAAAUGAAGAGAUUGCGAGAGAAAAAGAUGAAAUCACAGAAGACGCCAUAAAACUACGUCGAUUAGAAGAUGUAGACCAUAGUAACAUACCAAGACCGUUCUCACAAUGCGAGAAAUUUCAGAUUUUACAGUUUAAACGUGAGUUUUACAGAAUUUCUGAAAAAGCGUAAUAACUUUGUUUACAAAACAAAAAAUGCUAAGAAUUUUCUUUACAGAACAUAAAUUGACAAGAACUGUCUUUACAAUAGGAAAUAGCAAGUACUUUGUUUAAAGUACAGAAAAUGGCAGACUUUGUUUACAGAAAAAAACUUUCAAGAACUUUCUUUACAGUACAAAAAAUAGCAAAACUUUUUUUCCAACCUACUUUUUCAAUUAUAGCUAACAAAACCUUGUACCUAAUGCAUCGUGUGUGUAUAUCUUUGCCCGCCUAUCUAGAUCAAGUGAUUUCGAAGCCCCGUCCAUCAAUUCGGCCAAUCGACCGGACGUUUUACCCAUCAAUAGUGAAACUUCCUCAGAAGUCGAGGAUACCUCGACGCUUGUCAACUAGUGUUCAUGGUAAACUUUUACUUAAAUUUUUUUUAAAUUUCAGGUUAUCGUGACAAAUUUUGAAUUUAAAAUAACAAUAACUUUCUUUGCAGGACCAAAACUGAAAGAACUUUUUUUACAAAACCUAAAACGGCAAUCGCUUUCUUUACAAUACUAAAAGUGGCAAGAACUUUCUUUACAUAGCGAGAAAUUGCAAAAACUUACUUUAAAAAAACAAAUGGCAAGAACUUUCUUUACAGAGUAAUAAAUGCGAAUUCUGUUUAUAAAAUUGAAAAUCUUAGGCUUCAUCGUAUAACUUGUCACUCGCAGGUUGCAAAAAGUAAAAUUAGUUUAUAAAUCCAAAAAUGACAAGAACUUUCUUUACUAAACAUAAAAUGGCAAUAACUUUCUUAACGAAAUUUAAGAUGGCAAGAACUUUCUUUACAAAAUCUAAAAUGGCAGGAACUUUCUUUCCAAAGCAAACAGCAAAAACUUCCUUUAAAAAAAUUAAAACCUUAAAUUUUCAAAACUUUGUUUCCAGGCGAAUACGAGCAGUUGCAUCGUCGUUUGUUCGGUCGGAAGUAUUUAUUGACCAAAACAGCGGACGGAAACGAAUGGGUGCGCGUUGGCGGAGGCUUCGAAUCGUCGGAAGAUUUCGAAAAGCGAAAGAGCCGACUGACAAUGGGUCGACGAAGGUCUGGUACUAAUCCUAGUUUGUUUCGAUACAAAAUUGUUACUGUACAAAAAUAA